CCAACAAUAAACACUGUAUUCCUAUUUUCUCAUCCUUCUCAAUAUUUGAAACCGAGAGAAAUUUAUCAGGAACAUUUGAAAUUACCAGAAGUUAAAUAUCAAGUAAUAAUGACUGGUUGUGAAAAGAUACAAUCAUCUGUAGUAUAUCACCGUAUCACAUUUCCAAAAAGAUUAGAAAAUAGUGAUUUCUUACUUUAUGGAAGUAUCACGAAGGAAUCUGGGGAUCAGAUAGAUAAUGUAAUUAUUAAAUUUAAAUCAAUUAAUUAUUAUGGGUUUUCCGUAAUUAUUGAAAAUUUUACUGGGCAUGAGAUGAAAUAUUUUGGCAAUCAACUGAACAUUAAUUGGCUGUUGAUUGGAGAUCCAGAUGUGAUCAAUUAUCGAAAUCCAUAUGUUCAAAAUUAUUUUGUUGCAAAAGUUGGUACUAUAAUAUUUAACAAAGAUAUUGAAAAUUUAAAUAUUGAAUUACCUCAACCACUUAAAAAUGUGAAAAAUGCAAGGUUCGCCUGUACAUUUCAUUAUUCAUCAGCUGAUGGUCCAUCAUUUUCAUCUUGCAUAAAAUCUGUUGACCAAAAAGGAAUUCGAUUACAUAUAAAGGAUUAUAAUAAAACACAAACGCAUUUAACAUCAACUUUUGAUGAAUAUAAAAUGCACUGGUGUAUUUAUUUUAUUCCGAUUAAAAAAAUCACCAUUGGACAAUUCAUACCUGUGAACCAAAAAUCUUUAGAUAAAAUUCCAAGAUUUUUAAGAACGAAAUCUUCAAAACAAGUGCCUGGCCUAAGAACAAAUGUCUAUGAAGCUAUUAGUGCAUUCAGAGUUAUACUUCCCUGGUUUGACGCAUUAAAUAUAAUGCUUGAAAAAAUUUCAAAAGCAUAUGAAGGUGCCGAAUAUAAUCGAAAGACCUGCCGUGUCUUAACUGAUCGUGCUGAUGAUGUUUUAACAGCAGUUAAAAUAUUAUUUCGAAGAAGAGAUGAAGAAGAGGAUAAAUUUCUUGAUGAUUAUUAUGUCAAAUCAUUUAUUAAACUUCAUAGGGUUUUAAGAGAUAUAAAAGAAUUUAUCAGUAAUGUUUCUCAACUUAAAGGCCUUUCUAAAUUUGUAUCUGCUGAAGAUAUAAGAAAAAGAUGUAUAGUUCUAAUUAAUGAAUUGGAAUCAUCUUGUGUUGAUCUAAAUUUAAACACCACAAUAUCAGUAGAGGACAAACGCCUUGUACAAAAAAGUCUAAUGGAAGAUGUUGAUGCAAUGAAUGAGUUUCUUGAGACGAUUAAAGGUGGUGUUGUACAGGACGAUAUACAAGCUAUACGUUAUAAAAAAGAGGUGGUGAUACCUAAAACAUGUAAAAUGCCUAGUAAAGUUUUUGAUGAAAUAAAUCCAAAUUCGUUGCAAGAAGAUAAAGGAUGGAAGCGAAAUGAUGGAUGCAGAGUAUUCAAACGUUUAUUAAAUGGGAAAAUAGAAGUUGCUUGCAAGCGUAUCAACAUUCCAAAUUCCGAAUUACAAAUGUUUAAUACACGAUUUUCUAUUUUAAAUCGAUUAGAAGUAUCCGAUAAAAUUAUUAAAUUUCAUGGACUUGCUAAAUAUAAGUAUAUAAAAUAUUUAAAAAAAUCUGCUGUUAAUGGUAAUCCUACAGCGUUAUUCUAUUACGGUAUUUUAUCCUUGGACGGGAAAUAUGUAGAGAAGGAUGAGAAAAUAGGAAUACAGUGUUUAUUGUUGGCUAUUGCAAAAGGUCAAAAACAAGCAAUAGACGAACUUGAAAAUCGUAAUAUUGAUUUUUGGUAA